CUGGUUGUCUCUGGUAAAAUGUAUUAUUAGGUCUAUGUCAACAACAUGGUUAGGCAAAGAAAAAAUCAAACUGCUUCCAGUAAAACUACCGGAAAACAGAGUGAUAAAAAUAGUAGUAGUAGCAACUGUAGUAAUUUCACAAAUCGAAGCAAUAAUACAUUCAAAGGCUAUAUAAACUUUUGGAAAGAAUUUCUAUUAUGUGUUGUUAUUAUUGUAGCAGUUUCUUUUUCUUAUAUUGGGUAUUUAGAAACUCGCGUGAAUACACCCUAUGAUAACAAACGCAUUACAAUCAAAAGUGGUUUGGAUGUACCAGAAAAAUUCUGGGGAACAUAUAGGCCCGGUACCUAUUUUGGCUUGAAGACAAGGGACAAGGAAUCUCUAGUUACAGGUUUGAUGUGGUAUUUUCCAAGGCGAUUAAAACCAGGUGGCGACGGCAUUAGGCAUUGGUGUGAGCAAUCAGAUAACUUAGAUCGUUAUGGGUGGUUGCAACAUGAUGGCAUUAACUUUGGUAUACAAGAAAUCAUAGAUUCUCCAUUUAUUCUGACUUCGUCUUUUGCUAAGAUAAAUGGUGGUAGUCAUGGAGGAGAUUGGAGUGCUAGAAUCAAUGUUGAAAUUCUGCCUACCUAUAGUGCAUUUCAAGGAGAAGAGGUAUCUCUUAUUUGGUAUGUUGCACUGGAUGAAACAACCAAAGGUCACAUAUGGUCUUCAAAUUCGGAAACUACUUUCACCGGCAUAAAGGGAGAAACUGAAGGAUUAGGAGAGUUCAGCAUAAAGUUAUCCAACCAUUCAGGUCUCGUUGAUAGUGAAUCUUUUCUUAUAACAAGAACUCCUGGCCUCCAUUUAUUGAGAGAAGUGACUAUAUCUUCGCUACGUUUAGUACAAUAUAGAAAAGAUUCAAAAAAGAGGGUAAUGCUGGCAGGAAAUUUGUUGAAAGAUGAAGAAAAAAACCCUAACUUUGUAGCUACCCAAAUAACGGGAAUAGUUCCUUUCACAUUGGAUGUUGUAUUUGAAUCAGGAAGUUUCGGGAUUCGAGAAAGAACAUUGAGCGGAAACACAUACACAAAUCUUCUGAACAAAUAUCAAAUGACAUUUGAGGAGAAGUUUGAGGAAAUAUUCAACUUGAGAAAAAAAGGAUUCAAUACUAAAAGUAUCAAAUUUGCACAAGCUGCUCUGAGCAACUUGAUUGGGGGAAUUGGCUACUUUUAUGGCGCCUCAAAGGUGCAAAGCUCCUACACCUCUGAACCAGUGAAUUAUUGGAAUGCUCCUUUAUUUACAGCUGUUCCUUCGAGGAGCUUCUUUCCGAGAGGAUUUUUGUGGGAUGAAGGUUUUCACGGGUUACUGAUAUCAAAAUGGGAUAUCCAUUUAGAGCUGGAUAUAAUAGGCCAUUGGAUGGAUUUGAUGAAUGCGGAGGGGUGGAUACCUAGAGAGCAGAUAUUAGGAGUAGAAGCUUUAGCUAAAGUUCCGAACGAAUUCGUUGUUCAGAAAAAUACAAAUGCUAAUCCGCCAACAUUCUUCAUAACAUUGCAGUUUAUACUUGACAAUUACGAGAAUGAACUUGAUUCAGGUCAGCUGGCAAUGAUUAGGAGACUUUACCCUAGAUUGCAGGCUUGGUUUUCUUGGUUCAAUUCAACACAAAAAGGUUCUCUUCCUGGUUCCUAUCGCUGGAGAGGCAGAGAUGGCUCAACUAAGAAAGAAUUAAAUCCAAAAACUUUGACAUCAGGUUUAGAUGAUUAUCCUAGAGCAUCUCAUCCCACAGAUGAAGAAAGACAUAUAGACCUUUAUUGCUGGAUGGCGGUAGCAGCUUCUACAAUGAAUAGACUAGGUACUCUGUUGGGAUAUGAUACGUCAAGAUAUGAAGCGACGGAACUUUAUCUCAAGAAUAAUGCUUUGAUGGAUAGCCUGCAUUGGUCCUCAUACACGAACACUUAUGCAGACUAUGGCUUGCACACGGACUCGGUUACUUUGAGAAGACCGGAUAUUGUACCAAGAUCUCCCAAUCAAAACAGAGAGAUGGUUAGGGUUGUCUUAAAAAAUCCAGAAUAUCGGUUUAUUGAUACAACGUUUGGAUAUGUCAGUCUGUUUCCAUUCUUACUGAAAAUUUUAGAACCCACUUCUCCAAAUUUGGGCCUGAUACUGGAAAAAAUACGAAAGCCCGAAUUGCUGUGGACAAAUUAUGGAUUAAGAUCUCUGUCAAUUAAUUCUCCAUUAUACAUGAAACGUAAUACAGAGCAUGAUCCUCCAUAUUGGAGAGGUCAGAUUUGGAUUAAUAUAAAUUAUUUGGCAGUUAGAGCGUUACAUUAUUAUUCAAAUAGAGAUGGCCCCUACCAAAAGGACGCCGCUAAGCUUUAUAAGGAAUUACGUGUAAAUGUUAUACAAAAUUUAAUAAGGCAAUAUGAAAAAUCUGGAUAUUUGUGGGAGCAAUAUAAUGAUGAAACAGGCCAAGGAAGUGGUUGUAGGCCUUUUACUGGGUGGACAGCAUUAGUUUUGUCCAUUAUGAGUGAACAGUAUUGAUAAAUUUCGAACCAUGUCUGUAGAAUUUUAAGAAUCAUUUCAUUCUGCUCUACAAUUAUGCUUCCAUUUUUAUAGUUGAACAGUUUAGAAUAAGAUUAGAAAAAUCGAAGUUUUCAUUAGUUUUCAUCAAAGUUUUUUGAUACUUACUUCAAUUGAAAAAAUUUCACUGAUUAUAGAAAUAACGGUAUAACAUAAAAUCAAUUUCUAAUGUCUACUUGUUAAUUUUCGACUUCAUCUCCAUCGAAAGUCUGUACAGGAAUGGACCACCCAACCGAAGACUGAAAAAAUUCUGGCCUGAAGACCUACUACAGCAUCAAUAAAUAAGUGCUGGUGGGCAUCUCACUUCCAACGUCUAUUACUUUCAUUUGUUUUACUUAAUACUCCCUGUGAAGUAGAUUGUGAAAAUCAAUAAACGAUACUUGAAAAAAAAUGGAGAUUUUCUCCAUUUACAACAGUGA